UUUUCGGAAGAACAAAUAGGAUUGUGCUUUGAAAAAUUUAGGGUGAAUGGGAUAGAUGUGGAAUAUCAGGCAAGUACGUAACCGGGGAACCGUGCACUAAUCACCGGAUCUUAAUCCUCUCCUCUCUCCUGCCUUUUCUUUGUUUCGAAUCAAUCUUUAUAUGAUUAUGAAUGUUGCGGCAGCAAGGCUUCAUUCACAAGAUAUGGAGCCAACGCCAAAAUGACGUUAACAUUCUGUCCGAUUAAUCCGAAAACAUCUCUGAAUCUCUCUGUGUUCGCGGAGGAGCCGAUCAAUACAAGAGAAGCGGAUCAGAUCUUGUUGUUCUCCGAUCAGACGCUUCAUUGAUCUCUUGGAGCUCAGGUGGCCUUCCGGAGCGUGGAAGAAUUGGACUUGCUUAUUUGACAAGCAUUGCAGUUAGUCAGUUAUUGCUUGAUUUGAUAUCCGUGAAUUUGCACAUUUUGAGUUCAUCAGGACAAGCUUUUGUGGUUGAUUUGAUUUGUCUUGCACCACCUAGGUGGCUGAAGACUGAAGUUAAGUUUGAAGGUAACUGUUGUCCUUUGAGUGGCUUGGAAAGCUGGAUUUUAGAUGGCUCUGAGCUCAAAUAGGAAAUGAGAUGGUCUAUGGUGGUUCUAGAAUUGAGAAAAGAUUGAGUCCAUGUGAAAUAACUUAAGUGAGAGAAGAAGUCAAGGGUCAGGUUUUCCAAGGGAUCCUUCAUUCUCAGGUUGGUGCAAUGAAGACGGGGAAAUCCUCAUAGAUGAUCCACUAGAAAAUGUGGAUCAACUUAUAGAAGACUUCCACUUUGUAUUACCUUUUGCCACAAGAAGUUGGUAUAGAAUAGGUACAUUCCAACAGGAACAGCAACCAGUAUAGAAAGUUUUCAGCCAAAAAGUAUGCAGAUGAAUGGCGAUAACAUUGAGGAUGGUAUUUCUGCUCUUGGCAUGAGAACAGGAAAUGGAAGUUAUGCACAUUUUGAGGUUGAAAAUGGGACUCAAAUAGAUCAAGAUUUCUUGGAUCUUGGACAUAAUGAGUCCGUUUCUAUGAAUAUACAUGAUUCAUCACAAUCAAGUAGCAAAGUUGCUAUUUCUACUGCUGAUGUGCUGAAGACAUUGUUCUUUAUACUUGUCUGGUACAUUUUCAGCACAUUGUUGACCGUGUAUAAUAAAACUCUGUUAGGAGACAAAUUGGGAAAGUUCCCAGCUCCCCUGUUGAUGAAUACAGUUCACUUUGCAAUGCAAGCUGUGUUAUCAAAGGCUAUUACGUGGUUUUGGUCUCAAAAAUUUCAGCCAAGUGUAUCUAUGUCAUGGAGAGAUUACUUUUUGAGAGUUGUACCAACGGCUUUAGGAACAGCAAUGGAUAUUAACCUGAGCAAUGCUUCCCUUGUUUUCAUCUCUGUUACAUUUGCCACCAUGUGUAAAUCAGCAUCUCCCAUAUUUCUCCUCCUAUUUGCUUUUGCAUUUAGGUUGGAGUCUCCAAGCUUUAAACUUUUGGGCAUCAUCUUUAUUAUAUCUGUUGGAGUACUUUUGACAGUUGCAAAGGAAACUGAAUUUCAAUUUUGGGGAUUCAUUUUCGUGAUGCUUGCUGCUGUUAUGUCUGGGUUUCGUUGGGCUAUGACUCAGAUUCUUCUUCAGAAAGAAGUCUAUGGUCUGAAAAAUCCACUUACCUUAAUGAGCUGCCUAACUCCAGUAAUGGCAUUGGCAACUGCUCUGCUGUCUCUUAUGAUGGACCCUUGGGAUGAAUUCAAAAUAAGCAAUUAUUUCAACAGUUCAUGGCAUGUCAUUCGAAGCUUUCUGCUGAUGCUUUUUGGUGGAACUCUGGCCUUUUUCAUGGUAUUGACAGAAUAUAUUCUUGUUUCAGUAACUAGUGCAGUAACUGUGACAAUAGCAGGAGUUGUCAAGGAGGCUGUCACUAUUUUGGUUGCUGUGUUUUAUUUCCAUGAUCAAUUUACUUGGAUGAAGGGGUUUGGUCUUAUUACAAUCAUGGUUGGUGUGAGCUUAUUCAACUGGUACAAAUACAUGAAGCUACAAAAAGGUGAAUCAGGUGAAGAGAAAGUGCCAAGGUCAUCAUUAACAAAUUCAGCUGCAAAAUAUGCUAUCCUCGAGGAGAUGGACGAUGAAGGUGAUGGCUCCUCGCAGCCAAGUAGUCAUGACAGUUGAAUAUAAUGGAUAAGCUUCAGGUAAGGUAUGCGCCAACAACUUUUACCUGGAGCAAUCUGAUUCUCUUGUUUGCUAGCUGGAGGCUGGAGCACCUGCAGCUAUAACUCAAGGGUAACAUUGUACCCGUAUCUUCAUUCUUCAACCUUUUUCGGGUUCCAUUUAUACAAUUUUCCUAUCAGAUUUUGUAUUGCAAGUGUCGAAAACAAACUUUUUCGACUAUCUGCCCACAGCAUACAAUUGGAAGUUAAAUGGGGAUUCUUUUUCCUUCGUCAAGUUGAUUGUGCAUUGUAUAUUUUUUGUCAAGUCAGAUGAUUCAAGUACCAAAUACCAACCCUGACAAUUGAUUUUUGUUGCCGCUCAUUUGGAGUAUUGUUUGUUGAAAUAUUGAGGAUUUAGGUAGUAGGUAGAACCACGUAUGAAACAUUGGGUGUUACUGUUUUAACAUUAAAUUCAUUGGAAAAUAUUGGCCUCUUGCCUUCUCAUGGAUGUAAACUUAAAAUUGUUUUGAGGAAAUGUAUUAUACCCUGAAAGUUGCAUAUGUCUUGAUUCUAUUUGUUAGGGUUAUGUCUGUCUGUCUCGACUGCUACUGUAUUAACAUUUGUUAUCGUUUAUUUGUAUUCUAGAAUGAGUUUCUCAGUGACCAAA